AAGCUUAGAUGUAUCCAACACCACAAAAGAUGUGGUAGAAACGAUGAUAGACAAUUCAAGCGUGUGCAGACAAAAUUUAAUGCUGAUGAUAGAGCUCCGGAAGAAGAUACUAACCUUUAGAGACAUCAUUGACCUUCCUCCUUGUGAGUGUUCAAGCUCCAUUUAUGAGUUGUUGAUGGGAACCAUAGAGGAUCUCCAUAAUCUGUACCCUAAUGUUGUUCCCUGGAAUCUGAAUUCAGAAAAGAAAGAAACUUCAAUAAAUCAGGGAUUGGCCCAAUUUUAUAAUGCUUUGAGAUGUAUUAGAGAUUCAUGGGAAAAGAACCACAAGUGGAUAACCAAUGCCGGGGAUAAGACCGAAGACAGCUUGGAGAACAUCAGUUUGGAGCAACUUGGUGGACUUGUGCAGGCAAAGCUCAAUUCCAUGACUAACAUAGCAAAAAAAAUGUUUGAUGUGAUGGAAGAAGACGAGGACAAUAAUGAAAGGUUACAAGAAUCCACUAUUGGGGAUGGUUUACGUAAAUCCUAUUCACAAAACAGAACCUACUGCCCUUCCCCAGAUUCCCCAACUUCAAUUCCUCCUGAGAUGACAUAUGCUAUCAAACUUGGUAACUUUGCUAAUGUCUCCAGCUCCCGACCUCUUCUUUUGCCUCUCAGACUUCAGGCAGUAGGGAGUUUGAUGUCCACUGACAUGAAGAGUCUCUCAUUCAAAAUGUCCCCUAGUGUAUCAGCUCAAGGUUCCAGCCCCAUUGAAGGGAAAAACAAGGCUGCCAUUGACCAUAAUUCAGAAAUGAAAGAAGUUGUAGAAGAAUCACCAGAAAGAGAAAGUCAUGAGAGGCCAAAUAAUUCCAAAGAAACAAACACCUUGCAAGAUAUUUCAAAUAUUAUGCCCAAAGCAAGAAGGUCAAUAGCAGUACCACCCCCAACCCCUCCAUCAACACCACAUUACAAUGCACCUCCAACUUUUCCGUCACCACCAGCUAGUCCAUCUGUAAAUCCUUCUGCAACCCCACCUCCACCACCAAAUAUUAUGCCCAAAGCAAGGUCAGCAGCAGUACCCCCCCCAACCCCACCAUCAACACCACAUUACAAUGCACCUCCAACUUUUCCGUCACCACCAGCCAGUCCAUCUGUAAAUCCUUUUGCAACCCCACCUCCACCACCACCACCCAUUCCACCUUCUAAAGGAUCUGUGCCAAUGCCACCAACUCCCAUGCCAUUGACAAAGGGAGCCGCAGCACCACCUCCUCUACCACCCGGUGUCAUAAAGGCCUUACGCCCAAAGAAGGCAACUACCAAACUUAAGAGAUCAACCCAUAUGGGCAACAUGUAUCGGGUUCUGAAAGGAAAGGUUGAAGGCUCAAGUUUAAAGGACAAACUUACAAGGGGGAGUAAAACUCAGGUAGGAGGUUCUGCUAGGGAACAAAAGGGAAUGGCUGAUGCACUAGCAGAGAUGACAAAAAGGUCAGCAUAUUUUCAACAAAUUGAAGAAGAUGUUCAGAAGCAUGCAAAAGCAAUUGUGGAAGUUAAAAUUGCACUUAAUUCCUUUCAAACAAAGGACAUGGCUGAGCUUAUUAAAUUCCACAAAUAUGUAGAACAACAUUUGGAGAAAUUGACUGAUGAGACCCAGGUGCUAGCAAGGUUUGAAGGUUUUCCCACGAAGAAGCUCGAAUCAUUGAGGAUUGCAGCAGCACUAUACAUAAAAUUGGAAGGAAUAGUUACUACACUGCAGAACUGGAAAAUAAUGUAUCCUUUGAACCAGCUUCUUGACAAGGUUGAAUCAUAUUUCAAUAAGAUCAAGGGGGAAGUGGAUGCAUUAGAAAGAACCAAAGAUGAAGAGUCCAAGCGGCUGCAGAGUCACAAUAUUCAUUUUGACUUUAAUAUUUUGGUGCAAAUUAAAGAAUCUAUGGUUGAUGUUUCUUCAAGCUGCAUAGAGUUAGCACUUAAGGAAAGGAGAGAUGUAAAUUCAACUGCCAAGGCAGAAAAUAGAUCCAAAACUGAAGACCAAGCGAAGGCACGUUUAAAGAUGCUCUGGAGGGUUUUCCAACUUGCAUUUCGGGUCUACAGCUUUGCAGGUGGACAAGAUGAUCGGGCAGACAUGUUGACCCAGGAAUUAGCAAAAGAAAUAGAAGCUGAUCCACAACAGGUGUGAUGUAAAUAUAAUCACCCUCAAACAACAAUAUAAUACAAUACCCCAGACUGAGCAAUGUGAUUUGCAUAAUCAGAACCAUUUUUGGGUAAUAGUAGCAAGCAUAAUAUUGCAGC